AUGGAAAAUGUUCCCACUUUGGAAAUUCCAAGCCAGCCAGAAGGACAAUUAAUUACGAUGAUACUCGGUGAAGUGAAAAAUGAACCGAUUGAAACAAUGGAUACACAAGAGAUCGUGAUGAAUCCAACAACGAGCAACGAAGCAGAAGCAGAAGCAGAAAAUGUGAAACCUGAACCGAUUCUGUACUGUAUAUGCAAGUCAGCCAACGCAGACAAAUUCAUGAUCGCUUGCGAGAAAUGCGACAAAUGGUUUCACGCGAAUUGUGUCAAUAUAACAAAACGAGAAGCGAACACCAUUGAAGCGUAUUUCUGUCCGCCUUGCAUUGAGGCAAACAACGAAUUGAAGAUUAUCUAUAAACCGAAAGAGCAAGUGAUCGACAAGAAACCCGAUGAAAAUGAAAUUCGUUGUGGCGGCGGCUGUAUUGGAUGUUUCAAAGCAGAGAAUUGUUCAUUGUGUGAAUUGAGCAAACGCAAAGGAUGCCCACAUUUCAAAUGCAUCCAGGCUCCAAUUUUGAAGCAGGAAUUGGAGGAAAAACAACAGAAAGCAAAAGUCGGCACCGAAAAGAAAAGGAGAGGACGAAAAAGGAAACAAUUGAUCUCCGAUGAUUCGGAUGAUGAAGAUUAUUAUGUAGAAGUGAAGCCGAAAAUUGAUUUUAAAGAAGUUCGCAAUAAAGCUAUCGAAGAGGCGCAUCGAGAGCACGAGACGAGAAAGCAAAAAACGGUGAAACGGGCCGCAAAAGCAGCGAGAGAACCAUCACCGGUUCAAUGUUUUGGCCCAGAAUGUAUUCUCGCUGCACAAAAAGACAGUAAAUAUUGCUCGGAGGCGUGUGGGCUACGGAGAGCAGAGGCUCGUCUGGAUCUGUUGCCCGAUCGCGCAAAGAAGUUCUGGGAGGCUCCACCAUUGAACUAUUUGAGAGCCGUGGAACAGGGAAAGAAAGUCGAAAUUCAGAUCGAAGAAUGCAUCAAGGAAAGCGAAAAGCUAGUCGAACGAAUGGGACGAGUGCAAAAAUGGGUUGAGGUUGUGAAGAACAUUGAACCAGUGGAAGAUGAGGAAGAAGAUGAGGGAGAUGAAAGCGAGGCUGUUGUCACUUACAAUUGCCCCGUUUGUGCCCUUGAAUAUACGGUGAAAGCGUUUCCGAAACAUGUCGAGCGUUGCUUCGUCCGAUUGGAAAAACAGAGUGAAAUCGGAAACAAUGUUCAGAUGGGCGACCGGAACCCAUUCAAUCUGUUUUGCGAUGUCUACAACAAAACGAGUGACACGUAUUGCAAACGAUUGAGAGUGAUGUGUGCAGAGCAUUAUAAAGGAGAAUUGGAGAACGAGAUGAAGAUCUGUGGCUAUCCACUCGCUUGGGGCGAUCUGACGAGCUCGUCGACAACUUUCUCAGAAGCGUUUUCCAUUUUUGAUGACAUUGAGCGCACAAUGGCAAACGGUUUUUGUCAACGAGCGAGGAGAGAAUGUGGCACACAUCACCGAUGGUUGCAGAACACGCUCGGAGUCCUGGAAUGUGAGCGCUUCAAUGUUUUGACGCAUUUGGACGAGCUUUGCGAUCGAAAACGCUCAAUUAUGGGAGUGCUGAAUACGAUGGGCGAUAUUUUGACUCUUUUGGGCGGAUCCAGUGUAGAGGUUCAUCAACCGAAAGCCGAAUUGCCUAUUGAUGGAAGUUCUGGU